AUGCCAAGAAAUCAACUGAGGAUGAAAAAGGAAACAAGAAUAUUGGGGGCCAUACAAAUGGUGACUGGUCUGAUUUGUAACUGGCUGGGAGUAAUCUGGACAUAUUUGCUUGUCACACAAGAGAUUGCAUUUGGAAAAGUCUAUCUGCCUCUGCUAGCAUUGACAGGAUACCCAUACUGGGCAUCUCUGACUUUUCUUCUCUCAGGAUUCUUGACAAUAAUGUUAGAGAAGAAUCAGUCAAAGAUCUUGGUGUCCUAUGCUAUAGCAGCGAAUAUCGUGAGUGCCAGCAUUGCAGUGAUUGGUCUACUUUUACUAUCAUUUGAGUUUAUCACAUCCAAUUUAAAUUCAGAUGCUGUUAUUUGGCCUUGGAGAAGUGGUAAAAUGCUUUCACAGUAUUUGUUCAUAUUCAUCACCUUGGAGUUGAUUGUCUCAUGUAUCGUGACCAAUUGGGCAUGCAGAGCAAGAUAUGGGAGAUAA